AUGUCACAAUCUAAGACGGACGUUGUUAUCGUAGGAUGUGGUAUCUACGGGAUGUCCACUGCUUUGUGGAUGUUACAAUCUGGGAAAUACAAUGUGACGAUGUUGGAUAAAUGCGGGAUCUUACCUGCCCCAGAUGCGGCCAGUACAGAUCUGAACAAGAUCGUCCGAACAGCAGAUUACGCCGAUGCUUCCUACGCGGAACUUGGUUUGGAUGCAGUUGAGAAUUUCUGGAGGAAACCGGAGUGGGAAGGAACAUAUCAUGAAUCCGGCGUGAUGGCCCUUGCCACGGAAACAGAGAAAGAAGGCCUUGAAUUCGUAUCAUCCGCCUAUCAGAACUGUAAGAAUCUAGGAAUUAACGUGACUCUCUUGAACAACUCCAAAGAUAUCAAAAGCAAGUUCGAUCCUAAGAUCCGUACGGGCGAUUUCGGAGGCAGACAAGGGUAUUUGAAUCCUAUUGGAGGAUGGGCGGAGGCUGACAGAGCGUUGGAAGUGGGUUUGAAGAGGGUAAGACAGCUGGGAGGACAUGUGAGAUCGGGAGCCGAGGUUACGGGAUUGAUCAAAGAUGGUAGGAAGGUCAAUGGAGUAACUUUGAAGAGUGGAGAGGAUGUUAGAGGUGACUUGGUGGUCAUUGCUGCGGGUGCUUGGACUCCAGCAUUAUGUGCCUUGCCUGGAGUAUCUGCUCGACUUCCAGAUGUCGUGGCUACGGGUCAAAGUGUCGCUGUCAUUCAACUUACACCAGAGGAGGCUAAACAAUACGCGUCAGUCCCUGUUGUAUUCAACCUUGAUGACGGAUGGUAUAUUUUCCCACCAAACCCCGAAGGUCUCGUCAAGAUGGCUAUUCACGGUGCAGGUGUACUCAACCCUCAAUCCAAUGGUGUUUCCAUCCCUCGAACGAAGUUGACCGCUGGGGCCGAAGAUGGAGCUAUCCCGCUAAGCAGUCUCAAAGGAUUGAGAGACGGACUGAGACAGGUUUAUCCUGAGUUGGCUAAGAAGGACUACUUGACUACUAGAUUGUGUUGGUACUGCGACACCGUCACUGGAGACUGGUUGAUAGACUAUCAUCCCGAUUUCGACAAUCUCGUAAUCGCAUCAGGAGAUUCAGGACAUGGAUUCAAGUUCACUCCAAACAUCGGACGAGAGAUUCUAAAAGUCAUAGAGAAAAACCCUUCACCUCAGUACGCCGAGAAAUGGUCAUUCGGAUAUACCGCGAAAGUAAUCAAGGAGGAAGGAUCGAAAGCAGCUGUUAUGGACGUUAGCAAGGAGGAAGCGGAGAUUGCGAAAGCCGGUGCAGAUGUCAGAGCUGGUCAGAGAAAGAUUCUAAAGGAGAGUGAUUUGGUCAAACCUCAUGAUUUGAAAGCGAAGAACUCGAAAUUGUAA